GCUUGUCUGCAGCUUAUGCUCUCUGUAUGCUUGGCUACAACAACGUGACUGUGCUGGAGAAACAUCAUUCGGUUGCUGGCAUGUGCGAGUCAGUUGAUAUUGAAGGGAAGAUUUAUGAUCUUGGAGGGCAAGUUCUCGCCGCUAAUAGUGCUCCCACCAUUUUCCAUUUGGCAAGAGAAGUCGGUUCUGAAAUGGUGGAAAUGGACGGUCAUAAACUUGCAUUGAUUGAUAGCUGCACAGGAAAAUAUCAAGACAAUAAAGUUGCAGAUGAUUAUGUAUCUGUAAUAUCUCUGACCUUAGAACUCCAGGAAAAAGCAAAAGAAUCAGGCCGAAUUGGAGUUCACGCUAUGAGUGACUUGGCUGCUGAUUCAACCACCACAUUUCUUGAAGGCCGUGGAUUCGGAGGCCUUCCUAAGUCUGUUGCUUAUGGUUACACAGCUUCCGGCUAUGGAUUCCCUCAAGACAUGCCUUACGCUUACAUUCAUGAAUUCACCAGAACUUCCAUGGCUGGGAAAAUUAGACGUUUUAAAGGUGGAUAUACAAGUCUGUGGCAGAACAUCAGCAAUUCUUUGCCAGCAAAAGUCCUGUGCAAAACAGAAGUACUGUCAAUCAGUCGCAACCAAUUAGGCAUCAGAGUUAAUGUCAGAAAUAGCAAUGAAGACUAUGAAGCAGUGGAAUUCGAUAAGAUCAUAAUAUCAGGCUCUUUUCCUUUCAGAAAUGGAAGAACAUAUAGAUCACCAUCUAUCAAUUCACCUGUUGAUGAAAAUGAAGCAAUGGAUCUGAGUGAACUGGAAAAGGAGCUGUUUGGCAAAGUACAAACCAUUGAUUACUACACAACCGUUUUGAAGAUUAAAGGACUGGAACAUCUGCCAGUUGGAUUUUAUUACUUCAGAGAAUUCAUGGAAGAUCCUGGAACUAUAGGAAACCCGGUAGCAAUGCAGAGAUUUUAUUCUGAUACUGACAUUUUCCUGUUCUGGUCUUAUGGAAACUCUGCUGAUAUUCAAGGGCCAGCUGUCAGGCAGCUCGCCAUUGAUGCAGUUAAGAGAAUGGGAGGAGAAGUUCAAAAAAUGGUCCUACAGAGACGAUUCAAGUAUUUUCCUCAUGUUGAAAGCCAAGAUAUGAAGGAUGGAUUCUAUGAGAAAAUAGAGAGUAAACUUCAAGGUCAGCAGAACACUUACUAUGUAGGAGGACUAAUGGCUUUUGAGCUGACAGAGAGGAACUCAUCCUAUUCAAUGGCUUUAGUUUGCAAACACUUUGCAAAUAAUGACUCAUUACCAAGAUUUCCAUAUGUGAAGAAACUAUUUCCGCUACUUUCUGACUCCUUAGACAAGAAUCCAAAAGACCUCAAGGAGUCCCAGAAAGCGGUAUUUCCUGAUUUGUCCAGCCUUGAUGGUUAUUUGAAGCACUGGGGCACUCAUAAAAGCAUCCAGAAAAAGAUGCUUUACACUUGGAUAAAUGAAGGGGGAGAUACGGCAAGCCAGAGGACUUAUGAAGAAUUGAAUAAAAAUGCUUCUUGCAUUGCUCAAGGGCUCUUGACCAGCCGGAAGCCAGUUAUCAAGCCUGGAGAUAGGGUCCUCCUGGUUCAUCUUCCAGGCCUGGAUUUUGUAGAUGCCUUCUUUGGGUGUUUAAGGGCAGGAGUGUUACCUGUCCCAGCACUUCCACCUGAUCCAAUGCAAAGAGGAGGACAGGCAUUAUUGAAGAUUGAAAACAUUGCUAAAUCCUGCAAUGCUGUGGCAAUUUUAUCAACUGUCAGUUAUCACGCUGCUGUCAGAGCAGGUUCUGUGAAGAACUUGCUAUCACUAUCUCGAACAAAGGGAAGAUGCUCAGCUCGCUGGCCUAAUCUUCCAUGGAUACAUACAGAUACAUGGAUAAGGAAAUCCAAAGAUAUGCCUCCUCAAGAGGACAUGAAUCACAAUUUUGAACCACAGGCUGAUGAUCUCUGCUUUCUGCAGUUUACCUCGGGGUCAACUGGUGAUGCCAAAGGAGUCAUGAUAACUCAUGGUGGGCUUAUCCAUAAUGUGAAGCUAAUGCGGCAAACAUACAGAAGCACAUCAAACACUGUAUUAGUCAGCUGGCUUCCUCAGUACCAUGACAUGGGACUUAUUGGUGGGCUUUUCACAGCUCUUGUAAGUGGGGGGACUGCAAUUCUAUUUUCGCCCAUGACAUUCAUCAGAAAUCCCCUCCUAUGGCUCGAGGUCAUGAGCAAGUACAGGGCAACUCACAGUGCUGGCCCGAAUUUUGCCUUUGAACUCAUGGUUCGAAAACUAGAAACCAGCAAGGACAAGGCUUGGAAGUAUGACCUUUCAUCCUUGAUUUUUCUGAUGAUUGCAGCUGAGCCAGUAAGGCAGAAAACUCUUAAAAGAUUUCUUGAGCUCACAAGGCCUUUUGGACUUUCACAAAGAGUGAUGGCUCCUGGAUAUGGGUUGGCAGAAAAUUGUGUCUUUGUCAGUUGUGCAUAUGGAGAAGGGAAACCAAUCUUGGUAGAUUGGCAGGGAAGAGUGUGUUGUGGGUAUGUGAACUCAAAUGAUGCAGAUGUUGACAUCAAAAUUGUUGAUCCUGAAAGUGGUGAAGUGCAUACGGAGCCUGGAAAGGAGGGAGAGAUAUGGAUUAGCAGUCCGAGUGCUGGAAUUGGAUAUUGGGGUAGAGAGGAAUUGAGUCAAAGAACAUUCAGCAAUAAGCUUCAGAAUUACCCUGGCAAGGUUUACACAAGAACAGGAGACUUAGGAAGGACUAUUGAUGGGAAUUUGUUUAUCACCGGUAGAAUCAAGGACCUCAUCAUAGUAGCUGGAAGGAAUAUCUAUCCAGCAGAUAUUGAAAAGACUGUUGAGAGCUCAUCUGAACAAUUACGCCCCGGUUGCUGUGCUGUCAUUGGAGUCCCGGAGGAAGUCUUAUCCACGAAAGGGGUGCCAGUGCCUGACCAUUCUGAUCAGGUUGGCUUAGUUGUGAUUGCAGAAGUUAGAGAUGGUAAACCGGUUAGUAAAGACAUUAUAGAGGAAAUUCAGGCCCGUGUUGCACAAGAACAUGGAGUAACUUUGGCUUCUGUUAAACUCAUCAAGCCGAGGACUAUCAGUAAAACAACAUCUGGGAAAAUCAAAAGAUUUGAAUGCCUCCAGCAAUUCACUGAUGGAACACUUACUUUAGUUCCAGAUCCAAUACUGUCCAAACGAAAGUUGCUUCGUUCUUUCACCACAGGCACGUGCAAGGAGGGGAACACACCAAGGUCUCAACUGAAGAUGAAUAUACCUUCACCGACUCCAAGAAUGACUAACAAAGACAUUGAGGAGUUUUUGAAACAACUUGUUUCGGAGCAAACAGGAAUUGCUGUCAACAAGAUCUCUGCAACUGAGAACUUGGUUUCUUAUGGGAUUGACUCUAUUGGAGUAGUGAGGGCAGCUCAAAAGCUUUCCGAUUUUCUUGGUGUGCCAGUUGGAGCAAUCGACAUUUUCACUGCAACCUGCAUUGAGGAAUUAGCUAGCUUCUCAGAGGAUCUAGUCAAGAAGUCUCAACCUCAUCAGAUGACAACAACUUCCAUUGUUCCAGAAUCUGAAACAAUUACCGAUGUGUUCAUGACUGAAGUUUCUACCACAGGUCAAUUUGGUUUCUUGUUAACACAAACCCUUGCACUCAUUUAUGUUGCUUUCAUGUUAGCCCUUCCUGCAUAUUUCUCUAUUUCUGUUUCCAAGAAUAUCAUUUCUACCAGCCAUGAAUUAACUGGCACUAUUCCCUGGGCUGGUUAUCUGAUCUCUCUGGCACUUGCUCCUUUUGCCUGGAUCCUCUGCAUAUUUACCACCUGCUUAAGCAUUGCUUUCUUUGGAAGCUCAUUCCUCCAACCAAACUAUGCCUUAACCCCAGAAAUUUCCAUCCACUCAAUGGAUUUUAUCAAGUGGUGGGCACUAUACAAGGCCCAAGAAGUCUCAUCAAAAGUGAUGGCAGUGCAUCUGAGGGGAACAGUAUUUUUAAAUUACUGGUUUCAGAUGUUUGGCACCAGAAUAGGAUCCUCCGUUUUGCUUGAUACCAUUGAUAUUACUGACCCAGCUCUGGUUUCCAUUGGAGAAGGAGUUGUGUUAGCAGAAGGAGCAUUAGUUCAGAGCCAUGAAGUAAAGCAUGGAAUCCUGAGCUUCCAGGCAAUAAGAAUUGGUAAAAAUUGUGCAGUUGGUCCAUACUCUGUCAUCCAGAAAGGAAGUGUCUUGGUGGAAGGGACAGAGGUACCAGCACUGCAGAAGAACAAAGGCAAACCAAAUUCUAAAUCCAGCAAAUCUAACAGGACUCAGGUUACAGAACAGAAAAAAUUAACUGAUGGAAGUCAAAUGCUUUACCAUUUCAUAGGCAUUUAUGUUGUUGGACUCCUAAGUACUUUGUCAGGUGCUUGCCUUUAUGCAAUCUACAUUUGGAUAACCCAAAGUGCUCCCUCUGUAGAGUACUUUUCACUUCUCUGCAUAUCUGGAGCAUUGCACUGGUUCCCUUUCACCAUUGCUGCAUAUGCCAUCAUUAUUUCCAGCACCUCUUUGAGUCUCAUACAAUUUGCCUUAAAAAAGACAGGAUUCUCUAAGAGCAUGGUUAUGCCACAGAAUAAACAUUGCCUGCCACCUCAGAUUUGCUAA